GAUGACAAAAUUUAUUGCGGACCUAAAAUUUUCUUAUCGUUCGUCGCGGAUUGUGCAUUAGUGGAAAUAAUGUUAAUUUUUUGUUAAUUCCCCGAAAAUAUCAUGUAAGUUUUUGGCCGUCCACCAAGAGAAGAGAAAGAACAUUGCAAAGCCGUGCGAAUAUGGCCAGUGCCAGUGAGAGUUCGGACGAAUUUUUCGACGCUGAAGAUGACCAUCAUUCAAACACUCCCAGUGGCAGCGGUGGUGGCAAGAAACGUUCGCCGAAAACAAAUGCCGCCGUCGCGGAAUUUCAAUAUCCCGACCCGGCAGCAGCGAAGGCGAUUGGUACGGAAGCCGCCGGAUUGAUUCUCCCAGAGCCGCAGCCGCAAACGGGCCAAAGAUCGCAAGUGAUUCUGCAUUCGCCCGGCGGCGGAACAACGGUUGCUAAUGCGCAACCACAGCACCACGGCCGGGAGGAACACAAGUUUGUCGAACCGACGAAAGUGUACGGUAGGCAACGAUUUCGUGAACUGCGUCAGUGCAUGCAAAAUGACGAAGACGAGAAUCCAGGCAAUACACUAACACCUGAUUCACAGAACAGUUCAGUGGAAGGAGUGUAUACGUCGUCACGCACCUCCCACCCGUUCCGAGUGAUUGAAGGCGAUGCGCUGAGCAUACAGAGCAUGACAUCGUUGGGUCGCGUUGGGCGCAUCCUUGCCGGCAGUGCCAGCGUGGACGCAAGCGCAAUGAGCGUUGGCAAGGAUUCGAUGUAUCUGGGCUCAACAUCUUCCGCCCCGCAAUCGUUGAUAGCGGUGCCUUCGUCUUCUUCGCGCGAAACACAGCUUAGUGGUAGCUCGUCUAUUCCUUCUAGCGUUGGUGGUGGUGGCGGAGUUGGAGGCGAAGGUGCUAGUGCUGAGAAUAUAAGCACAGCGGGUAGAUAUGAAACCAGUGACGAUUUACGAAUCCAGCGACUAGACAACGCAUCUCCCAGUGGAAAUGAUGGCGAAUAUCGAAUAAGCAUGAAUGUUCCUUUACAAGAGCCGGAUGUCAUUGCCAGCACCAAACUUGCCCACUCCAAAACGACGGACAGUUUAACAUGUUCCGGGCCGGUGGCCCCUCCGCGACGGAAAAAGAAAACCCGAAAAUUAUCGAGCAGCUCUUCCGAGCAGUUCAACAUGAACGAGGGCUUGAAGUUGCCUCCGGCCGAUAGUUCGUCCACGGAGUUAACAGUCAAGCUGCCACCGGCAGCGCAAAACCAGGAUUGCAACAGUUCGGAAUCUUCAUCGACGGCGGGGGCCAUCGGAGGUGUUGCUCUUCCUAGUCCGGCGACCAGAGCGCUGGAAUCCAUUACACGGGAAAUUGAAAGUUCUUUCAAAGACGCUGCUGCCGUGGCCGUUACCAAUGGCGGAAGUCCCGGGGUAAGUGCCACUACUGGUGAAUCCAGUGAACCGCGGAAACUGUUGACCGGGUCGAUGAGUCGAAUAUCGAACUCUUUGGGAAACAGUUCUGCAUCUGUCUAUUCUAAACCUAGUCCAUCGAAUAGUGUUAAGAGCAAUUCGGCCCCUGCUCGAGUAAGUUCGAUAGAUCCUUCGCAGGGAUUGAAUAUUUAUAAGGCUACUAAGGGACAAUACGUCGUUAAACCAACGGAUGGUGCUUUUAACAAAGCGGAAGGUCCUUCGCGGGAGGAAAUUGAACGUGUCGAAAGAAUAAGGCAGGAGAUUAUGGGGAAGACGGCUUCCACUAGGGCUAGUUUGUCCGGGACGGGUACCAAUAGUCUGGGAAGUGGAACUAGGUACAGCUCAUCCUUAGCUAAGCACAUACAUCUGAAGGAACGGAGAAAAUCUGCCGGGGAUGAAGAUAUGUUCAAACAGCUGAAUAUCUACGUCAAAACCCGAACCGACUCCGGUAAACAGUUGACGGACAUGGAAAUCCUAGAACAGAUUCCGGUGAAGAAUCUGGAUACCGGAGAAAACUUUCCAUUGUCUGCGGUGGAAGAAAAGCUUCCGCAGUGCAUCAAUCCACUGUCCUUGCACAUAAUGCGACUAACUAGCCAUAUUCCGGAAUCGGAUGAAGAAUCUGUGGGACCUCCUCCGGGCUCGGAAGCACCGCCAGGCUAUGAAGAAGACCUUGAAAUCGAAGAGGAAGGUGGACGGCUUAAGAAGAAAACGGCCAAAAUAAAGCGGUUCUUCCGAUCGACAGCGAAGAAAACGGUGGACAAGGCCAAGUCCAUAGCUUCCGAGGUAUCUCACGCAAGGCACAAAGAAGACGUAGCAGAUAUUGAAGACGUCAUGAAUCCUGAGCAGAAUAUCAAAAUCAAAGCCUCUAGCACCAACAAGGGGCCGUACGAUUUUGCCAAGCUUCAGCAUGUCCAGGACCUCUCGGGGGAGCACACUGGCGCCGUGUGGUGUAUGAAGUUCAGUUCGUGCGGGCGACUCUUGGCCACGGCCGGUCAAGACCGUGUUCUACGGAUCUGGGUGCUGAAGGAUGCCUUCCCAUUCUUCCAAGACAUGCGCACAAAAUACAACGCAGCUGAUCAGAAGUCUUCUCCAACGCCGUCACAAGAAUCCCUAGUCUCUCACCACUCGGCGGAGGAAGCGAUCGCUCUGGCCAUGGCAGCUGAGAAAUCUCCCGGUCCUUUCAUGCCCAAAUCGUUUUGCACUUAUUCCGGCCAUACUUCGGACCUGCUGGACGUGUCCUGGUCCAAGAACUACUUCAUCCUGUCUAGUUCGAUGGAUAAAACUGUCCGUCUUUGGCACAUUUCCCGCAAGGAGUGCCUCUGUUGCUUCCAGCACAUCGAUUUCGUGACGGCCAUCGCCUUCCACCCACGGGAUGAUCGGUAUUUCCUCAGCGGAAGUCUGGACGGUAAAUUACGACUGUGGAACAUCCCGGACAAAAAGGUUGCACUCUGGAACGAAGUGGACGGACAAACCAAACUGAUCACGGCUGCCAAUUUCUGCCAGAAUGGGAAAUUCGCCGUGGUUGGAUCGUACGACGGGCGGUGUUUGUUCUACAACACCGAUCAGUUGAAGUAUCAUACGCAGAUUCACGUUCGCUCUACGAGGGGAAAGAAUGCAAUUGGGAGGAAAAUCAGCGGAAUCGAACCCAUGCCUGGUGAAGACAAAAUUCUGGUUACUUCGAAUGACAGCCGGAUUCGCUUGUACGACCUGAGGGAUUUGAACCUGAGUUGCAAGUACAAGGGCUACUUGAAUGUAUCCUCGCAGAUCAAGGCUUCUUUCUCGCACGAUGGCAAAUAUAUCAUAUCGGGAUCGGAGAAUCAGAUGAUCUACAUUUGGAAAACGCAUCACGAUUAUGCUAAACUGAGUUCGGUUCGUCGAGAUCGAAGUGACUUCUGGGAAGGCAUCAAAGCACACAACGCGACAGUUACCUGCGCAAUCUUUGCGCCACAUCCGGAAGCAAUUAUCAAACCCGAACCGGAUGACGAAAUCAAUGCAGACAAUAUCUCAAUUACUCAUCCAGCGGAUCCGCUGGUAGAACAACGCAAGAAGGGCUGCGGCGGAUACGUUCUGGUAAGUGCAGAUUUUAACGGUUGUAUCAAGGUGUUUAUCAAUAAGACCAAGCCGAAGCACAGCAGCUUACCGUACACUGCUAUACUGGAUUAAAGCCUAUUAGGUACGUGUAUGGAUGUACGUUUUCGUUGAAAGGAUAUUCCUGUCGAAAAAAAACAGCGUGAUCAAAGUUAUUUAGAACGAAAUCAAACGAUAUUCAUUUGUGAAACGCAAAAGGGAUAGCAACACACACGUUUGCACAGAUGCACGGAUGAUGAUGAUAUUAUGAUGUAGUUUUUUAUUAUUGAUAGACUUGUUCGAGGUACACUCAUCAACACCAAAUAACCUUAGGGGUAGGCUAGCAGGCCAAGACGCAAAAUACUUAUUGGAAGUUAGGUUGUAGGGUGGGUCAUUAUUUUAUUCAAACUUGGUCGAAACAAGCUAGAUUACUACUUUUUAGUAUUUAUUACGGUGUUUCAAUUAGAUUUUCUUAAUUUGGGAGCGAUUGAUUGUCUUUUUUCGGAUUUCGGCGCAGUUGUCGUUUGGCAUAUUGUUCAUUUGGUAUAAUUCUAAAUGGAAGAUGAUACAAAAAAUAACCAACCCACAGAAAACAUGUACAUUGUACAUUCUUAUUCAUGACCAAACAGCCAUUACGCCAAAUAAGCCUAAUACCAUUCAAACGCUACACGAAUUGACGGGUCAUAAACGCAAGCAUGUUCGUGUAAUAUUCAUCUAAAAUCAUUCAUAAUGACCCACCUUACGACUAGUUACAAUGAAUCAAAACGAGAAGUGCAGUUAAAACAGUUUAGAAUGCAUUUUAUGGGAAUCAGCACCUUUUAAUAUCAAGUUUAAAAUGUUUUGUUCAACAGUUUUGUGUGUCUCUACCUAAAAUGGCUUUGUGUUGUUCCUAAAUGCUGAUUUCUUCAAAUUAGCUAGGCGUCAGUUGUUCAAUGUUGGAAUGUUGUAAAACAGUUUGUUUAAAUCUUCCCGUACCGUUAAUCUCGAAACCAUGUUACGCACAUUACAAAUUUCGUCCUUCCGCCUGAAGUCAUCCUACCCUUCCCGAAACAGUAGGUUCCGCUUUGGUUCGAACAGCAAGGUGUAUCAUAUUUUUGUUCUACCUACUUAUGCAGUUCAUGGGUUCUAUGUUUUUUGAUUUAUAAAUGUGGUGUUACCUGCUACUGUGAAUAUAAAAGCAUAUUGUCAGCCACUAUAUAUGGCGCUGGGCGUACAGACUCCUGGAAUCAGAAAAGCAACUAAUGCGUAAUGUAAAACUACUGUUACAAAAUUGUGUAGAUCACCAGAUAAUGUUUACCUAAUUUAUUAAAUGUGUAUAUAU